AUGGAGUCGUCUGCAGUUGGUAUUCAUGGAAAUGCGACAUUUACGAAUUUCGAGUUCUCAUUCUUCACACUUCCAAUGUAUCUUCUCUUCGUUCCUAUUAUUUAUAUUCCUAUCACUGUUGUUAUUAUUCUGAGAACUCUUGUAAAGUUGUAUUUUGCAAUUCAGGACAGAAAUGAAAAUAUUCAGCUGUUUACUGUAAUUUCUAUGUCUAGUUUUAUGUCUUUAAUCAUCUUCAUAUCUGAUUUCUUUUUCAUCCGUCUUCCCACAACUGGUAUUUUUACUAGCUGGUGUGCAAGAAUGAAACCAAAUCGAUACCUGACAGCGUUCUUCAUUUUCAAAUAUCAUAUAAAUUACUCUGCGAUGAUUUUUCCAUGUGCUGUUUCUACAAUGCGACUCAUUUUGUUGUUAUAUCCAACGAGACAUAAGAGCGUAAUCAACCAUAAUCAGUGCUUCAAAAUAUCUUUUUUACAGCUCAAUGGACGACUUCUUCGUUUUCUCCUGCCUUUCCUUCUUUUUUAUCCAUUUCUUCUUACAUUUUUCAUGUUUCCUGCGCUAGGUUACUGUAGUUCGGCAAAACAUCCGUUCCCAUUCGGUGCAAUUAUUUUCAGAAUAGAAAAUACUUUAUUUGGACUUGCCAAUAGCCGCUUACUACUCUUCAUUACUGGUUUCUGGAUGACUGCAUCCAUGAUAAAUAAUUGGAUUCUUCUUGUGAAACUGAUAAAAGCAAGGUGUUCACUAUCAGCCCGUGUCAGAUCUCAAUUCUCUUACAAAGAAGAACGAUCGUUGACUUUGAUGACUUUUUCUAUGAUUUUCUUUUUUCUUUCCAACGGAAUUUUCUUGAUUUCGAGAUUCUUCUUCCCAGACUAUCUCUAUUAUGCCAUAAUGUUCCGUCCAUUUGGAAAUGAUCUGGUUACCUGUGUCGUUCCUUGGGUUUUUUAUCUCACACAUCCUGUUUUCCGAAAAAAGAUAGUUAGACAAAUUUUCAUUUUCCGUCCUGGUGCCUAA